AAUCCCCAGAGACCAUAUGAUUCUUUUGUGUUGCGGUGUUGUAAGACUUUGGCGACUGUAAUUUAAGUAUGGAACUAGAAAAAAGAUAAACCAGAUAUUUACUUUGGAGUACAGUGGACACGUUACAUUUACUAACACUACCUAUAUUCUAACGCCAUAAAGAAGUGAUAAAUUCUUACACAGGUGAAAUUAAGAGUACGCACUUGCGUGAUGCGUACGACAGCCUACGUCUGCCACACGGAAUUAUCAGGAACUCAGCCUUUAGGGCUCUGAAUACAAUUUAUUUUCAUAAUCCACUCCAGUACUUGUUCUCCGAUUAACAAUAAACUAGAACCUUCUUGCAACUGGAGUGGUGGAGCUCUUCAGUUGUACUGUUUAUUUUGACCCUUUCCUAGUAACAGGUGUUUUUUUAUCAGUUGUAUAGUUUAUCGUAUUUAAAGAGUACAACAGCAAUGAAGUUUUUACUAUGGACUUUAAAAAAUGCUAAAACUUUUUUUUUGGUUUAACUCUUAAAGCGCAAUGGGAAUUAUAAGCAGUCUAACCACUAGUGACAUUAAAUGAUGACUAAGUGGUACCGAUGUUAUGGACCGUCGCACGAAUUCACUUGGAUAUUGUUUAAUACUUUAACUAUUUCACCUUUCCGUUUUGCUUUGGAAUUCUGUGGACAAACGCACUAAACCUAACCUGAGCUGCUACUUAUCGUAACAUUUUGGGUUGAUAAUGCCUGCUUGGGACGGAUACAGGAUGCCAACAGAUACCGAUUCUGUUAAAGUCAAAGCACAUUAUAAAGGGGACAUGUUUAUUACAGACUUGGAUUCAGGAAUUUCAUACUUUGCACUUUGUGACGAAGUGAGAGAUAUGUGCUGUCUAAAGCCAGAGCAGCCAGUCACACUCAAAUGGAUCGAUGAUGAAGGUGACCCCUGCACAAUUUCAUCCGAGAUGGAGCUGGAAGAGGCAUUUCGUCUGUACUGCCAGAAUAACAACGAAGGGCUAAUCAUUCAUGUUUUUCCUAGUGUUCCAGAGAAACCAGGCAUGCCCUGCCCAGGCGAAGACAAAUCCAUCUACCGACGUGGUGCCAGAAGAUGGAGGAAGUUGUACCGAGUGAAUGGGCAUCUGUUUCAGGCCAAACGCUUUAACAGGAAAGCGUACUGUGGCCACUGCAGUGAAAGGAUAUGGGGGCUCGGGAGGCAGGGCUACAAGUGUAUCAACUGCAAACUGUUGGUCCAUAAACGUUGUCACAAACUUGUUCCACUAAGCUGCCAGAGGCAUAUGGAUCCUGCCAUGCCUUCCCCAGAGCCUCCAGUCGAUGAUAGGAAUGACGAAGUGGACUUCCCCUCAGAAGAAAAUGAUGGCAUUCCUUUCAUCGGAGACCUGCAUACAGACGAUUCUGAGGAGAUUAAUACAGUUGUCGAUGGAAUAGCUGGCAUUAAGAUCUCACAGGGGCUCAGCCUGCAGGACUUCGACUUGAUCCGAGUAAUUGGGCGUGGCAGCUAUGCCAAAGUUCUCCUGGUACGCUUGAAGAAGAAUGACCAAAUUUAUGCAAUGAAAGUUGUGAAGAAGGAGCUGGUGCAUGACGAUGAGGACAUUGAUUGGGUGCAGACGGAAAAACAUGUUUUUGAACAAGCCUCCAAUAAUCCAUUCCUAGUUGGUUUACAUUCCUGUUUUCAGACGGAAAGUAGGUUAUUCCUUGUAAUAGAAUAUGUAAAUGGUGGGGAUCUCAUGUUUCAUAUGCAACGACAACGAAAACUUCCUGAAGAACAUGCAAGAUUUUAUGCUGCUGAAAUUUGUAUUGCAUUAAAUUUCCUCCAUGAGCGAGGGAUUAUUUACAGAGACUUGAAACUUGAUAAUGUUCUUCUCGACUCUGAAGGCCACAUUAAGCUAACAGAUUAUGGAAUGUGUAAGGAGGGUUUGGGUCCUGGUGACACAACAAGCACUUUCUGUGGUACCCCCAACUACAUUGCACCAGAAAUACUUAGAGGAGAGGAAUAUGGUUUCAGUGUGGAUUGGUGGGCUCUUGGAGUACUAAUGUUUGAAAUGAUGGCCGGAAGAUCACCUUUUGAUAUUAUCACUGACAAUCCUGACAUGAACACAGAGGAUUACCUCUUUCAAGUUAUCCUAGAGAAGCCUAUUCGUAUUCCAAGAUCUCUGUCUGUGAAAGCUGCUAAUGUCUUAAAAGGCUUUUUAAAUAAGGAUCCUAAGGAGAGGCUUGGCUGCCUGCCACAGACAGGGUUUUCUGAUAUCAAAUCUCAUACAUUUUUCCGAAGUAUAGACUGGGACCUGCUGGAACAGAAACAAGUGACACCACCAUUUCAGCCACAGAUCACUGAUGAUUAUGGUUUGGAAAACUUCGACACACAGUUCACCAGUGAGCCUGUGCAGUUAACCCCAGAUGAUGAGGAUGUAAUUAAGAGGAUAGACCAGUCAGAGUUUGAAGGCUUUGAAUACAUUAAUCCACUACUAAUGUCGACAGAGGAGACUGUAUGAAGACGUUACAUUUUGGCCAUGCACAAAUAACCUCAGAGGACUUCCUGAAUUUCAUCUCCAAGUCUUUAGUUGGCCACAACUCCUUAACUGUUUGCAUGCAUUAGUUGUGGAGCUGGAACAAUCACCAGUAAAAUACUACUGUUUCCAACUGUGAACUUGACUGAAAAUGAAGGAUGUUUUAGUGGGGGUCUUCUGCUAACAAGUCUCAUUAUUUUACAUCUCUUUUGGGCAUUGAUACCGUUAACUUUCUUUAUGAAGGGGAAACAUGGUAAUUUUGUGCCUGCCUCCAUGAGGGAUCUAGCUUAUCCAUUCCAUCCUAAGAAAACAUGACAGUUCUGUAACAGAACUUGAAGGAUGUGCACUAUUUGCAAAACAGAUAAUAAUGGAGGUCUGACCUCACAUAAUAUAAGAAUGUACUAUAGAGGUGAAAUAAUAUAUGCGUGUGUAUAUGUAUAUAUAAAUUUAUAUAUAUAUAUAUAUAUAUAUAUAUAUAUAUAUAUAUAUAUAUAUACUUACUGUAUGUACAAUGGUAAUUAAAACUGAUUUGCAAUGCCUUUUAAAAAAAAUUUACCUGUUUCAUUAUCAGUGACUGACACCGAAAUUCUUAUUUUAAAGACCCUAGGAGUUGUGUUUUAUUAGUAAUUGUAACAAUUGGAUAUGAAAACAAUUAAGUGCCUGAAUUCUGAUCAGCUGCAUUCAGAUUUAAAGAAGCAUUUAGACUGCUUUUAUCUUGUUUUAUCAACCCUUUUUAAGCAGUUGCAUUACGGUGAUUUAAUUUUUAAGCAAUAUCAAAUUUCUGAUCUGUACCCAAAGCAAAAUGGAAGCAUAAUUUUAAGAUGUCAGAAGCAAUAAUCAGCCAGUAUCAUUUUAAAAAUGUCUUUCUUACUGAUUUUUUUCUUCUCAGUGUAAUCAUGUCCUUAUAAAAAGUAUUUCUAAAGUUUUUUUCUGUGAAUUUAUACAAAAAAAAAAACAUUCCACUGAAAGAAGACGAGAAGAAAAUAACAUGCUGUAUGGCAUCAAAGAGUGAUAUCCCCAUCUAUUGCUGAUAAAGCACACCUCCUCACUUCAUUGUAACACGUAUGCUUCAAUCUACCCAGCAUGUAUUACUAAGAAUGUUGAUCAACAUAGUUUCUGAGUAUUUAACAGCAAAGAUAACAGUGGCACUAUACAUAAUACAAAAAUAUGUUUGCUAAAUUUUAUUGUUCUGGUAAAGGCAUAUUAUGCAUUUCUUCCUCCUGAAACCUUAAGACUGCAUGGAAAGCAGCAAUUCUCCAAUGUUGUAAGGUCUUGCUGUAAAAAUUCCUUGGAGUGAAAAUGCAGUAAUGAGCACUGAAUGCAAUGUGAUUUUUUUGCCAUAGUUUCAGUUUUUCCAUUUAAAGGGAAAUGCACUGUUUUACUUAGUACAACAUUUACAGAGUAUGUGUUAUUCUAAAAGCAGGGAAAAUACUCCUGUGCCAUGCCUAACUUGAAGGGUAAUUUGACUUUUUCUUUCUGAAUACUAUAUGAUGUAGCAUUCUCAAAACAUGGGUUUCAGUAUCUGGAUCUGAAGAAACUGUAGAUGUUGUGUUAUGCAUCUAGGUUAUUUAGGUGCUAGGAACAAACUGCCAAAUAUUUAUCUAAGACAGCCUUUGCUUAAAGUUUAGCUUCUUUUAACUGGAUUAUUGUUUAUGUAUCAUCUCAAAUUCAGCACUGCUUACCAGUGUGGGAGGUGGUCAACUCUAAAGUAUCUGUUUGAAUUGUAUUCAGAGCUUUAUUUCUGCAGUACAUGUACGUGUUCUCUAUAUAUUUAACCUGACAUCAAUCUGUAGAGCCAAUGAAGCAUACUUUCAUAAAAUGCCACUUAUGGGAACAGUCAUGUGGGUAAAACAAUGUUGAAAGUGAAAUAGGUUUUGUCUUUGUCUCACAUUUCUAAAUUCUCUAAAGUACUUAGAACACUAAAAACAUAAAAGCUUUUAUUUUUGCUAAUUCCUUAUGUUCAUACUGAACAUAAAUUUAUAGUGGACUGAUAGUUCCAUUUAGAAGGUACGACAGCUGUGUCACAAGGCUGUUCUCAUACAAGGGCCAUGAAGAAUUUAGUAGUGCCGUUUAGACAGAAUUGCCACUUGCCGGCACCAUUUUCAAUGGAAUUUAUGUGGUAACUGGUAACUUGUGAAUGGCUGGUACUAUAUUGGGUGUGGCUAUGUAUAUUGGGGGGAGGGCUCAUUUUUUGCAAAUAUCACAAACUGUACAUUCACAUUUUAAUAGGAACAGAGAUGCUGUAAUUCAAAUGACUUUGAAAUCCAACAAAUGAAUAGCAUCUUUGAUUUUGCUCUAUUGCCAAAUAUUCAACUGGUUGCAAGCUUCUUUUGGUAGCAGUGUGUGAGCCUACCAAUAAAUUAUGUUCUGUCAUUGUGUUGAAGGAGAAGAUUUUUUUAUAUGUAAAGUAUUUGUUUUAUAAAUUAAAAAGUAUGAAGGAUGUAAGUUAUUGCGUGAUUACAAAUCCUAAUAACACUGACAAUGGUUUCUGCUACAUGGUGGUCUUCUCCAAAUUAGUCUAACUGAAAUCUGUAGCUAACUUAAAAGACUGUAAGACAGUAACUAUUUCAGUGUAGUUAUUUUGUAUAUCACUUGGACAAUUUAUGGGUGUGAGUUAUAUCUUUACUCAGAUGUUCUCCAAUGUGAAAUAGAGAAUGAUAAACUGGGAGCCUUUUGCUAACCAGUUUGCAUUGUGCAGAAACAGUAUACUAAUCUGUAAGCCAAGAUGGUCUCUAUCCUUGCACAUCAAAUUAAAGAUUAAAUAAAAGGAG